AUGGUCCUCUUUGGUUCUAAGUUGAGUAAGCUUGACUUGGGGCUGACUCCACAUCUCGAGACAUUAUAUCUUGAAGGGUGUAACGACCUUGUAGAACUUCACAUACCCCCUAAAGGUUCCAUACUCAAAUCCCUUUUCAUUAGUGGUUCUAAGUUGAGUAAACUUAACUUGGGGUUGACUCCACAUCUCAAGAGGUUAGUUCUUGAAAACUGCUAUUAUCUUCAAGAAAUUCGUGCUCCUAUAGGAUGUCUAAAAAACCUUGCCAACUUAAAGUUAAGUGGUUGUUCAAGGUUUGAGCGUUUUGUGGGUACCCAUCGGUAUCAUUUACUUGAAUUUGGGAUUCUCGCUACAUUAGUACUGAUUGCAGAGUCCCAGGAUAUUUGCCCACUACAUCCCAAUAGUAAUUUGCCAAAGUUUGUGUUUAAAUGUUUUUAUGGAGAACCUCUACCCUCAUUAAGUGGAAAUCUUGAGAAGCUUCUUUCUUUUGGUCUAUGUGCUUGCACAAACCUUGAGUCCUUUUCAGCAAGCAUUUGUGGUUUACAACGUUUAAGAAAUCUUACACUUGAAGGCAACUUACCCGAGGUGCCCAAGGACCUGUGCCAGUUAGAAUGUCUAGAGAAGCUAACAUUGUCAAUGAAAGAGAUUAAACAUCUUCCAGAUAGCAUUUGUAUGUUGAAACAUCUUAAAUCUCUUGAUCUCAAAUUUUGUUGGCUUCUACAACACUUACCCAUGGAGAUAUGCAGAUUAGAGUGUUUGAAGGAGUUAUACCUAACGGAUUGUAUAUCCUUACAAGAUAUUCCAAACAACAUAUGUAAGAUGAAAUGUUUAGAAUAUCUAGAUAUCUCCUAUUGUAUUCUAGUUGAUAAACUUCCUGAGGAAUUUGGAAGUUUAGAAGGUUUAAAAGGGUUAAAUAUAGAAGGUGCAGGCAUCAGUCGUCUUCCGCAAAGCAUUUAUCAUUUGAAAGGGCUACGCAUUAUUGGGUCCAGGUGGCGGCUUGAGUCGUAUGGUUUUACAUCCUUGAUAGAAAUCUCAACAUACACGGCCUCCUGCUACAUUAGGGACAUACAUCAUGUGUCUCCUAUAUGA